UCUUCUCUCUCAAAAUUUCCAACUUCACUCUGCGAGUAUUAGUUCCGUUUGGAGUUCCACACAUCUCUAGCUUCGUUGCUGAAUUGGAAAAAAUGGUAGCUUUUGCCGCUGCAUCGAAAUCGCUGAAGAAUCCCAAGUUUCAGACCACUAUUUCGCAUCUGUUCAGAUUCCAGAGUGCUAGAACGCUAUUGGUGCAGUCUGUUUCCGAUUCCGUGAACCUGCAGAAACUCGCUGAUUCUGAUUCUGGGAUUUGGGAGGUUAACUUGGAAAGGCCUAGCUCGAAAAAUGCUAUUGGAAGAGACAUGCUGAGGGGAUUGCGGCAUACACUUGAAUCUGUUAACAGAGACCAGACAGCAAAAGUUUUGAUGAUCAGCAGUUCUGUUCCCAAAGUAUUUUGUGCAGGUGCCGAUUUGAAGGAGAGGAAGACAAUGAGUCCAUCUGAAGUGCGGGAUUUUGUGAACUCACUGCGCUCCACUUUCUCCUACUUGGAGGCACUGUGUAUUCCUACGAUAGCCGUCAUUGAAGGUGUUGCCUUGGGAGGCGGGCUUGAAAUGGCUCUAUCUUGUGAUCUCCGGAUAUGUGGGGAAAAUGCUUUGCUAGGAUUACCAGAAACUGGGCUGGCAAUCAUUCCCGGGGCUGGGGGAACACAAAGGCUUCCUAGAUUGGUUGGAAAAUCGACAGCAAAGGAACUUAUUUUCACUGGUCGGAAAGUUGAUGGCAAAGAUGCUCUAUCCAUAGGUCUUGUUAAUCACUGUGUCCCGGCUGGCGAGGCUCACUUGAAAGCUCUUGAAAUCGCUCGGCUUAUAAAUCAGAAGGGACCGGUGGCGAUAAGAAUGGCUAAGCGAGCGAUUGAUGGAGGAAUGGAGGUGGAUAUGGACUCGGGAUUGGUGUUGGAGGAAGAGUGCUAUGAACAGAUCAUGCACACCAAGGAUCGUUUGGAAGGUUUGGCUGCAUUUGCUGAGAAAAGAAAACCUAAUUAUAUAGGUAGAUGAAAUGCUUCUUGCAGAUAUAUUGUUGAAUAAUUACUAAUUGUUAAAUCACAAAUUCAUCAUUUAAGCUUA